AUGUCUGGCUCAAAGGUCUUUACUGUCUUUGGUUCUACCGGAAACCAAGGUGGUUCUAUUAUCAAGAAUAUUCUUGCCCAUCCCACGCUUUCAAAGGAGUAUAAGCUUCGUGGUGUGACAAGGAAUCCCGACAGUGAUAGGGCUAAGGCUUUGACAGCGCAAGGUGUAGAAAUGGUUGCCGGCGAUAUGGAAAUCUCGGAAUCCGUUUCAAAGGCGAUUGAAGGAUCUUACGCUGUUUUUGGCGUCACCAAUUACUGGGAAAAUCCAUCCAAAGAACGAGAAGUCAACCAAGGAAAACGUAUCGCAGACGCCUGCAAAGCCCAUGGGGUGAAGCAAUUGAUCUGGAGUAACCUACCCCACGUCGGAAAACUUUCCGGCGGCAAGUACCCCAACGUCCACCACUUCGACGGAAAAGCCGAGAUCGGGGAGUAUAUCGCCUCUCUCCGCAUUCCGCAUGUAAACGUCGUCCCAGGAAUGUUUAUGCAGAACCUCAGAAGUGGUAUCAGCAAAUCUGGGGACGGCGAAACAUAUAACUUCGCAAUGCCUCUUUCCAAAGAGGUUAAAUACCCGUGGUUUAACCCUGUGAAGGACACUGGAGCCUUUGUAGCUGGUGCAUUACUUCACCCUGAGAUCUUUGAGAAGGCUACUACUGGUGCUCCGGUUAGUAUCUCACAGGCCGGUGGAUUUUGGAGUGGAACGGAAGUUUGUGAGAUUUUCGAGAAAGUUACGGGGAAGAAGACAAAUUUUGUGCAGUUGGAACAAGAGACUUAUAUUGGAUUCAUGUCGACUCGAGAGUUGGGACAAGAACUUUUGGAGAAUAUGUUGUUGGUGUCGGAUUAUGGUUACUUUGGACCAACGGUUGAGAAGUCAAUCGAGGGGCUUGAGGAGAGUAUUAAGGAGUAUUAUCCUGAUGGGAAGAAGCCACAAAGCUUGGAGGAAUUUAUAGUGGAGAAUAAGGCUGCCUUCUGGCACUUGUAG